AUGGCUGCGAGCUUAUUGAGUAUUAUCAAUUCCACCGCCUACCUCGUGCUCAGCCCGGGGAUCAACUUCCUAGAUGCAAAAAUGGACACUCUCCAUUAUAAGUAUUCCGCCACCCGGCAAUCCCAAUCUCCGGUAUGCAUGUCCGCUCCCAUUACCCUCCCAUACUUCUUAGCUCGAAAUGUGUUCAAGGGUCCUGAGUGCGAACAUGAUAUCUUGAUAAUCAUCACUACUGAAAAACUCCCACUCUCGGAAAUGAUCUAUCUGAGAAAUCCGGCGCGGCGCUACUCAACGAAAAAGGCUCCAUUGUUCACCAUCACCAUGCUAGUUGCGAGUGAGACUCCGAGUCUGACGGUGUCGUCAAAUUUGAACCCAGCGAGGCAAGGGAGUGGGCUCCGACUCGCUGCAGUGGUAAUACGGAAUAGUUCCAUACUCGGUAGUAAUAUUACCCCGAUGAUUAGACACGUCAUUG